AUGUCCGUAUCGACACCUUCGAAACUUGGAGGAGCAAUCCUUCGUUCCAAUAAUGGGACGAUUAGAACAGUGCUAUUAUGUCUUCUAGUAUCAUCCGCCGUUCAGCUACUCGUUCCUAUAGUUGCUGAACAUGCUGUAUGGAUCCUUUCUCUUACAAGCUAUUACGCGAAAUGUCUCCUAAGACUACAAUGCGAGACUCGGAAUGACUCGAGCCUGCUAUCUCUUUCUGCGACACAUGGCCCUACUCACUUCCCUGAGAUAUUUCCUGUGGAAACAUGGGUGGGGAGCCCACCGGCUUCUCUUGUCUCUCGGUCAACUAACAAUCAACUCUCUGACCAUACUCGUGAACAGGAAGCCCUAGCAGCUCUUGCUGCGGCUAAGGACAGUAGACGUCAUGGAAAUGUUCGAAAGGCUAAGGCCAUCAUCGAACAUGCACUAGCUCUUGCACCUAACCAUCCUGACGUUCUAACGGAAUACGGCCUGUUCCAUGAGGUGCUCGAAAAUGAUGUUCUUGAAGCUGACCUCUGUUAUGCGAAAGCUCUCGCCUUUGAUCCUAAUCACUCGGAAGCACUUGUGUAG